AUGUUUGAUCCUACUUCCACUCAGUUUGCCGAAGUCUGGCAAAACGCCGCAAAACGUUACGAAGAAAUCUCCGGGAAGAAGCUCGCGGAUCUGGAUCUCAAAAGGCUCCAAAAUGUGGACGACCUCGAACGAAGCAUUGACGAAAAAAGCAAAAAGAUCGUCGAAUUCCGCGAAAAACGAGGCACGCUUUUCAAAGUCAUGCGGAAUGCGAUGUUGCCGGUCCAGUUGGUAGGGAAUCUCGCCGCCGGAGGUGCGAGCAUGGCGUUCCCUCCCAGCUCCUUGGUGUUUGGCGCGGUGUCCUAUCUGAUUGGCGCAGCGAAGGACGUCUCGAGCGCCUAUGAUGCGAUUCAGGACCUGAUGGGCACGCUGCAGGAUUUCACCGUGCGGCUCAAGGUCUACAAUCGCGAGAAGAUAUCUCCGGAGCUGCAGACGAAGCUCACCGAGGUGCUUGUCGCGCUGCUGGAGAUUUUUGCGCUUUCCAGAAGAGCCAUUAAGCGCGGCAGGCUGUUGAGCUUUGGUCGAAGCAUCGUUCUUGGGCAGGAUAAGGAUAUUGCGGGAGCAGUAGGCAAGCUUGCGAAACUUACCCGGAGUGAGGACCAGCUUGUGGGCGCGGAGACUCACACCGAGGUAAGAAAACAAGGUCGAACCCUGGAUGGUGUCGCCACGACGGUGUCAUCAACCCAUGUAGCGGUGGAGCAGCAGGGAGCGGUAAUCACCCAGAUGAAGGUUGAGCAACGGGAGAUGCACGAGGAAGUCAUUGAGGUGGUACGGAGAGGACUUGGUGACAUGGCUCUGGCCACCAACAAGUCACACGCCCUUCUUCAAGACGAAAAGGAGAAGACACGUCACGACAAGAUCAAGCAGGUUCUCCAACCCUCUGUCAACCCGCAGGAUGUCUUCGACAAGAUCAUGAAGGAACGUGUCCCGGGAACUGGAGACUGGAUCCGUGGAGAGGACCUCUUCAAGUCUUGGGUGGACACAAAUAUUCCUGUGCUGUGGGUGUCCGGUAUUCCAGGCGCCGGCAAAUCUUUCUUGUCGUCGAAUAUGAUAUCCUUCCUCAAAGAACAAUAUCCACAAGGAGUCCAAGACGCAGCUCAUAUCUCCGUUGGCUACUUCUUCUUCAAAGACAACAACCCGGAGAUGCGGUCUUUUCACCAAGCAUUGCGAGACCUAGCCUUUCAGAUCUCCCAGAAUGACCCCGUCUACGCAAAACACUUAGACACUGCGUUCGAUUCGCCAGACGACAUCAAGACCAUCGAGAGUGCGUGGCGGAAGCUGUUUCUGGAAUUCUUCAUUGAGAACGAUAACGUCGAUAGUACUGUGUACCUUGUCAUUGACGGAGUCGACGAAGCCUACGACGCGGAGCGCGAAGCGUUCCUAACCUUGCUACAAGAUCUGAAGCCCGAUAAUCCCGGCGCUUCCCGCAUACAGCUAGUGAUGGUUGGACGACCGCAUCUGUCUGAUGCCAUCUCAGAUGCGCUGGGGUCGGAAGUACCGACCAUUCAUGUUACCGGAGCAAAGAACUCGGAGGACAUCGUCAGCUACAUCCAAAGUAGCAUACGAAAAUCCAGGGUGCUGAAGAGAGUAUCGAAGAGACUUCAGGAAGACGUAGUUGAGACGCUCUCGUCUCAAGCUAAUGGGAUGUUCCUGUGGGUUGACUUGAUGGUCCGCGAGCUCAACACCAAAAGUCGUGAACCGGCGAUUCGAGACGCUCUCAAGAGAGCUCCCAGGGGGCUUGCGGAGAUGCUGCGACAUGUCCUUGAAGGGUUUUCAGAGUCGUUGCCCGAAGAAGAUGCGGAAGACCUCAACGAGCUGCUGACUUGGGUCACUUGUGCCAAACGGCCGCUCAGGCUCGGCGAACUGGAUACGAUCCUCAGGUGCAAGUCCCCAACCGGGGACGGCGUAAUCUACCUGGAAGGGAAAUUGCGGAAGCAGUACGCUUCAUUUUUCGUCUUGAAUCGGGAAGAUGGGCUCUCCACUGCGGAUUUGCAGAACUUGCAGCAAGGUGCACCGGGGUACGGUGACGAUGCACUGGAUGGGGAUGAGGAAGAACCUGGCUUCGAAGACCUGGAGUCUGACUUUGACUCAAACUUAUAUACCACGGAGGUCACCUUUUGCCAUGCGGCCAUUAGCGACUUCUUCCGAGACCAGAACCAAGGCAAGGUCCAAUCCAGCCAUGGACCGGCCGUAGGAGUGGACAUCACUGCUGCCAAUUCGUACACUUUGAGAACUCUUCUAAUGUUUCUGACUGAAGAAGAUUUCGAAAAGAACGUGCAGGAGGGCGUUUCUAUCAGGAACUAUGCUAAACGCAAUUGGCUAGAACAUUUACGGGACACCGAGGCCUCAAAAGCAAGCGCCGACGACAAGAAAUUGCUUGGCUCAUUGCUAGUAAGAGUCUGCCGUGAAGCGGCCGCAGUAGAAAGAUGGGGAAGCGCCAGAGGUUACACUUUUUGGGUCGACGAGAACAUCCUGCUCGUCAGGAAGUGGCUUGAAGACAAGGAAAUCUUGGAGUCUCUACCCCCAAGCGAUCGGGAGUGGGUGCGGUCGACCUCAGAUAAGCCGGCCUCCACUUUCGUAGAAUUGGCCAGGCUGUGCGCGAGGCAGUGGUUGCAAGAUGUAUACUAUUCGCCCAAGGCUUGCUUCUGGCUCGUUUUUGGAUACCUUCAGUACAUGAUUGGUACCCCCCUUGGUGAUAUGUCAACAACAGGCGUUGAGGGUCCGCAUGUGAUCGAGGAGACUGCGGAGUGGGCCGGUUUUGAGAAGACCGCUCUCUGGCACAGGCGGCUUGCGAUGGUUCUUAGGGAUCAAUCGUUCUUUCACGCGGCGACAAUCCACUUCGAGAAGGCACUUGAAUUCGAUCCGGAGAUGUGGCGCACCAGGGGUGGUAUAGCGCUCAUCCACCAGUACCGCCACGAGCACGAAAAGGCGUUACAACUGUAUCAGGAGAACGUGCAACUGAUGAGGAAAAAGCUGGAACUGGACCCAUCUUUACUACACAGCAUCAAGCCGAUACUCGCGGACAACCUGAAGAGCAUUGGCAGUUGCUACGACAGCCUUGGGAAACGCGACCAAGCUUACCAGACGUAUCGCGAGGCGUGGAACACCAACACGAAUGUGGGGCUCUAUGGUGCUGUCGACGAAUGCUUCAGGUAUCUGCAUGACAAAGAGCGAUAUCAAGAUGUUAUGGAUCUCAUCAAAGAACUAGACGCAAAGGAAAUCCCCGGCGUGGACUAUCAUCACUUGGCAAACUACAUGGAGGUCAAUCACGAGGACGACUACCACAUAAUCUUCCACGCUAGCCGCCACGCCGCCCGCGACACAGGAGAGCUGCAAUACCUCGUCGACACCGUGCGAGACGUCAUCAACUCUCGCCGCAAAGAGCGACGCUCUACCAGUGCGGCCAUGCUCGAGCUGUUUCUCGCCGACAUAUACUACCUCGAACGGAUCAAUCCCGAGCGGGCCGUCCGUAUCUGGGAGCACAUUGUCGGCAUGGUCUCUACCCCCAAAGCCGAGACGGUCAUGGCUGACGCGCGAAGAAAAGCUGCGUCGAUGCUCGCAAGGCACCAUUUUGCUCAGGCUAUGGAGACCAAGGGCACAUCAGAGUGCAACCAGCACGUCCGGCGCCUCGAGCGGCUCGGCAAGUCCAGAAGUCGGGCCGGAGAAACGAUCAACGUUAGCGAACCUAGUAUCAUACUUGGUCUGUGGUACCGUCUCAACGGUCAGGCGGAGGAGUCGAAGGCUUGCUUCAAGGCGCAUAUCAAGCAGUCACUACAGCUCUUAUCAGAUGACGACCCGAGUAAUGAUGAGGAUGCUUAUUAUACUCUUGCGGAAGUACUACUGUUUGCGGGAGAUGAUGAGGGUACUAUUGGAAUGUAUCGGACAGCAGGUGCGGAGAAGGAGGAACCUCCUGCGGAGAAGGAGACUGGAGGAGAGGAUACAAGAGCCGGUGCUCAAAUUGGCGAUGACAAGGCCGUCAACGGUGCAAACUCCGGAAUAGAAACGGACUUCAAAGAGGCAGGUGGGGACAGAACCAUAGAAGACGGCAUUGCCAGCGAAGCAGAGGGCUCAGGCUCCGCAGGUUCCGAGGAAGACUCCGAUGAUGGCUGUGAUGAUGGCUCCAGCGAUGACGAUGGCGACUUCGCUCCAUGGUCCUGUGAUGGCGUCUGUUCUCGCGCGCAGAGCCUGAAGCGGACCGACACCUUCUGGCUGUGCCGCUACUGCUACAACGUCGUUUUCUGCCAGGACUGCCUCGCAUUGGUUAGGGAGGAUAGGCUGCCUACCUACCAGUGCAGUUCGCAGCACGAGUGGCUCCGGGUUCAGCCGACGGAUAAUACAAUACCUAUGGGGAAGGUGUACGUCGGGCAAGGCGACGAGCUGGUAGAUCUGGAAGAUUGGAAAAAGGGACUAAAGAGGACUUGGGGUGUCUAG